AACACCACAUCGGGUGUAGUGAACGGACAUACGAUACAUGUGUUGAAUGCAAGUAUUCAUGAAUUUCUUGGCAUACCUUACGCUCAGCCACCGGUCGGUGCUCUAAGGUUUGCCAAACCUGUGCCCAUCACAAAGCCUUCAAAAGAUAUCAUAGACGCUACAAAAUAUGGGAACUCAUGUAUGCAAAAACCGCCCGAUUAUGCACAGGAGUUGUGGGGAAAUGUAACCCUAAGUGAGGACUGUUUGGUACUAAACAUAUGGACACCAAAUGUGGAAAACAAUACCCGAUCGGAGGCUUUGCCACUAAAACCAGUCAUGUUUUACAUACACGGCGGGGGUCUGUUGUGGGGCUCAAUAUUUAACCCCAUAUACAACGGCAGUGUUUUGGCCAUACAUGAUGUCCUACUCGUGUCCACUAACUAUAGGUUAGGUUCGUUUGGUUUCUUAUAUGGCGAGGAAGUGUCGGCGCCCGGAAAUGUAGGUCUUUUUGACCAGUUAUUGGCACUCAAAUGGGUCAGAGAAAACGUUCAUUUAUUUGGCGGGGAUAGGGAUCAGAUCACUAUAUUUGGUCAGAGCGCCGGCAGUUGG